AUGCCUCUCAAAAAAUCUUACUCUGAGCAGAACGGAGCUCCCAAACGCCUGCGGUCACAAUGGCACAGAUCAAAGAGCAAUCCCGCCGCUCCCCUGACGGCCGAUCCCCCGCGCCCGCUGCCCGUAUCCGAGAAGACGAAAAGCAAGCUUCUGGCUUAUCAGUUCGACCCCGAGGGCCCCGGUUCGCACAUCGAGGAUGCCAAAGACGAACCGGCCGAGAAAGGUCCCCCCACCGCUCCAGAUAAUGUCAGCAACGCUGUGACGCCGGCUGCUCGGUCCGCGUGGCAGGACCUGCUGGGAAGACCGGAAGGCCCAAGAGAAGUCGAGAGUCAUUCGCCGAGCGAGCGCAUCCUCUGGCGCAACGAUGACGAUUCCUCCCAGCCAGUGGCCUUGUCCCCUCUCCUCGCUCGGAAGCAGAGGAAACGCGCGAGAAGCUCGUCGCCCGUGUCGUCUCCAGCGUCCAAGCACACCACGCCCGCCGUCGACGUCAAGAAGCUGGCCCAAGCCCUGCAAAAGACGCCCCGCGCCGAUCCUGCCAUCGAACUGUGGGACCGCUUCUCGGUUUCCGGGAGGAAUGCCAGCCCUUCCGGCCUGACCAACCCGCUGCUUGCCCAGCUCAUGGUCUCGUCUUCGCCUCGGCCCAGAGAUGCCAACCGGCUGGCCAGCGAGAGACCGCUGCGGAAAGCAAUCAGCUGCGGGUCUCACUGGCCCAAGCGGCGGAAACUUGACCGUGCCGACUCGGACGCCGCAGAUCCCGCAGCAGCGCCGUCCCAGCCUGACUCCAAAUCCUUCAUGGUCUCCGCUCUGUUGGAGACGGUCAACGGAGAACUCACCAAGUCAAAGCUGGCCCAGGCAAAGCCCAGAUCGCCCCAUCCGUCUCCCUCUCGGAUGAAAUCAUCGGGUGACAAGGGCCGCGCCAGACAGCCACCUUCGCGGCAACGGUCAGAGAGCUCGCCGUUGGCCAAAAAGUCGACCGUGGCGCCAGCAGAAGACAACGUCAAUGGGACCACCUCAGGACAUAUGGCCUCUUCAGACUACGGGGAUGACGACUUCGACGAUGAAACGCUAUUGGAGCUUGACGCGAGCAUUCUUGGGCAGGGAGACGAUCCUACUCUGGUCGGCUCCUCCGAAGAAUUAAAUCCGCAAGCGCCGCCCGUGCAGAAGACGGUCGGAGACGAAUUUGGCGACCUGGACGAUGACUUCUUUGACGGCGCCGAAGAUCUGGUGGCUGAGGCAGAAGCCAGACACCUGUCUCAGGUCCCUUCCCAAGCCCAACGACACGAUAGGUCGGCCAAGGCAUCGGGAGAUGACGAUGACGUCUACGGGGAUGACUUCGAGGACGUGGAUUUCGAUGCGAUCGAACUAGCAGCCACACGGGCUACCGCUCCCCCUCUCUCGUCCAAUCCCAGCCAGAAGCCCAAGGCAAUUCAACGAUAUCUGAUUACGAAUGUGUUCGACAGCUCGUAUGCUGAUGAACGUGGACGAGAAUUCCCUGAAAAGAUCCUCUUCGUGCAGGCCGAGAGAACCAAAGAGGUCAAAAUGGUCCAUCUCAGGGGCGACUGGUUCGAGACGCAAGCAAGUCCAGAGGCCUAUGUCCACAUCAUCGGCAGCUUUGAGCCCUCUGGCCGUUGCGUGAUCGACAACAACCAACACAUGCUUAUCCUGCACCCCGACCAGCUCGUGUCGUCCACCGUCGUGGCCGAUUCCUUCACCUGCAUGCGCCGAGCCGUCCUGCAGGAUCGAGUCAAGGCCACCGGCGAGGCAACCCCGGCCCUGGUCUACGGCACCAUCCUCCACGAGGUUUUCCAGGAGGCCAUGAUGGCAAACAAGUGGGAUCUGGGCUUUCUGGGUUCUGUUAUUGACAAGACCUUGCGGAAGCAUCUGGAAGAUCUCUACGUCAUCAAGGUCAGCCUAGAGGACGCGCACUCUCAUCUCCUCUCCAAAAUGCCCGAGCUAGCGUCUUGGGCCCGCGCGUUUGUCGCCGCGGUCCCUCGCUCGGACGCCUUCGUCCAGGGAAAGAACGGCGAGCGGGUCAACAUGUGCGUCAGCAAAUUGCUCGACGUCGAGGAGCACGUCUGGUCUCCAAUGUACGGCCUGAAGGGCAACAUCGAUGCCACUGUGCAGGUCACGAUGCGAGACGGGAAGACGUCGAGGACUCUUACCGUGCCUUUCGAAGUCAAGACGGGAAAAAAUGCGACCGCCAACCACCAGGCGCAAACGGUUCUGUACAACCUCCUUCUCUCGGACCGAUACGACAUCGAGAUAGUCUACGGCAUCCUGUACUACAUGGAGACCUCGCAGACCUUGCGCAUCCCUGCGAUACGGCACGAGCUGCGCCACAUGAUCAUGCAGCGAAACACGCUCGCCUGCUAUAUCCGGGACCGGAGCGUACAGCUGCCGCUGAUGAAGAGAAGCAAGAAUGCUUGCGCCAAAUGCUACGCGCAGGCAUCCUGUUUCACCUACCACAAGCUCGCCGAUGACGGAAACGGCGAAACGAGUGGCCUGGAUGAGAAGUUCGACGAGGCUGUUAAGCACCUCACCCCCGCCCACAAAGAGUUUUUUCUGAAAUGGGAGGAACUUCUCACCAUGGAAGAGAAGGAGUCGCAGAAGUUACGCCGAGAGCUCUGGACUAUGGUCAGCACCGAGCGCGAGAAAUUGGGCCGCUGUUUUGCCAACGUCAUCAUCCAAGAGGGCUCAGCGUCUGAAGAUAAGAACCAGGCAAAGAUCAACCGUUUCUCCUAUACCUUCGUCAAGGAGAAGCCAGCCCCCGGCUUCUCCUUCUUGGACUCCCAGCUCACUGUGGGGGAGCCCAUUGUCGUGUCGGACGAGCAGGGUCAUUUUGCGCUCGCGCUCGGCUAUGUGACGGCAGUCAGGAAACACCGGAUCAGCGUCGCCGUUGACCGGCGCCUCCACAAUGCGCGGAUUCGCCGGCCGGGCUUUGACCCGGUCGACAACCAGGUCUUUGCAAGCAUCAUGGAAGUGGUACCCGAGGGAGCGGAGCCGGAGCAGAGCCUGGGCAAGAUCAAGGAAGCGCCGAUCCGGUACCGGCUGGACAAGGACGAGUUCAGCAACGGCAUGGCCACGGUGCGGAACAAUCUCGUCCAGGUCAUGGCCGACGGCCCGUUUGGGUCUGCCGAGAUACGCCGGCUCGUUGUCGACCUUGCCCCGCCGAGAUUCAAGACAACGCCGACUCAGUACACCGUCCCAGGAAAAGAUAGCCUGAACGUCGACCAAAAAGCGGCCGUCGAGAAGGCCCUCCGCUUCGCCGAGCUGCACAUCCCGAACAUGGACGCCCUCCGCACGCGGCACUUUGACGCCUCCUCCUUCCUCGCCCACGCUCACGCCCAAGCCCACAGCCUCAGCCCCACCAAAGCAUCAGCACCAUCCCCGUCCCGCGCCCAGCGCCCCGCCUCCUUCUGCCCCGGACCCCGCCCCGGCACCUGCUGGCUCGCGGACCUCCUCUGCCCCUCGGCACGCGUCCGCUUCGUCAACACGGACGCGCUGCUCCCGGCUUCGCGCGAGCAGGCCAAGGGCAACCGCAUCGUCAACCCGUGCGAGGCACGCGUGGUCGCGCAGCUCGUCGACGCGCUGCUGGCCGCGGGAGUGCCUGCCUCCGAGAUCGGCGUGGUCACGCACUACCGCUCGCAGCUCGCCCUGCUCAAGCACACGCUGCGCGCGCUCGGCGGCGGAGGUGCCGGCGACGUGGAGAUGCACACGGCCGACCGGUUCCAGGGCCGCGACAAGGCGGUCGUGCUGCUCAGCCUCGUGCGCAGCAACGAGCAGUGCGCCAUCGGCGACCUGCUCAAGGACUGGCGGCGCAUCAACGUCGCCUUCACGCGCGCCAAGACCAAGCUGCUCGUCGUCGGCAGCCGCGCCACCCUCGGCGGCGCCGGCGGCGCCAGCGGCGAUGCCGAGAUGCUCGCCCGCUUCGUGCGCCUCAUGGAGGCCCGCGACUGGGUCUAUGACCUGCGCUCCGGCGCGCUGGAGGCGCAUUUCUGGCCCGGCGAGGCCACGGCGACGGCGACGACGCAGGCGAGUACGCCGGCCGGGGUGGAGGCCGGGGUGGUUCGCGGUGACGCCGCUGAGGCCAGCGGCGUCGCGGUUAAGAGCAGUAGAGGAGGAGGACCUGCUGGUAGCGGGAAGGCGGUGCUGGCUCCGGCGCGCGGGAAUGCUGCUGCUGCUGCGCCUGCGGUCGGGGGCAAGGAGAAUCGGCCGCCGAGCCAGACGCCGCUGCAGCGGACGGUCGAGCCGAAGAAGGUGGCGCGCAUCGGCGAGCGCGCGCUGCUCAGGGGCAAGCCGGUGCUGCGGGAUAUCUUGAAUGACAUGAUGGACGGCGGGUACUAAACUAAACUGGUGUUGACGAGCGGUGGGGGGCGCCGGGUUAUAUAUCUUUGGUGUGGUGUUGGACUCGGUUUUUUUUUUGACGGUCAUCGCACCGCUGUUGUUGGCAUGUCUUAGGCUAUGCUUCGGUUGGUGUAGUAUGCUCAGCGGUGAUGACGGCAGCGUUACUGGACAUCGGAGCGGAGCGUGUCAUGAUUGUUCGCUUGGAUGUAUGGUUAGGAGUCGGUAGGCUGGGCCGGGGUAACUUAGGUAUCUGGGCUUGUGAAGAUAUGUCCCGAUCAUCAGCAAACGGCUUGGUCUCUCC